UUGAAAGGACCGGAGAGAGGACUCUGGGCAACAGCUUCUGGGCUGGACUUCAAAACGACGGGAUAAUCUCUCUCUCGCUCGCUCGCUUUUUCUCCAGUCAGUCCGCGAUGGAGACUCUGUCCCAGGACAUUUUGCUGGAGUGCCAGAUCUGUUUCAACUACUACAGUCCUCGACGGAGGCCCAAAUUGCUGGACUGCAAGCACACCUGCUGCUCUGUUUGCCUCCAGCAGAUGAGGACCAGCCAGAAGGACCUGAGGUGCCCGUGGUGCCGUGGCAUCACCAAGCUGCCCCCCGGGUUUUCCGUCUCGCAGCUGCCGGACGACCCGGAGGUCAUCGCCGUGAUCGCCAUUCCCCAUACUUCAGAGCACACUCCGGUCUUCAUCAAACUUCCCAGCAAUGGGUGCUACAUGUUGCCGUUGCCCAUCUCCAAGGAGAGGUCCCUGUUGCCGGGGGACAUUGGCUGCCGCCUCUUGCCGGGCGCUCAGCAGAAGUCCGUCACCGUGGUGACGAUCCCGGCCGAGCAGCAGCCGUUGCAGGCGGCGAUCCCGUUGCAGGAGACAGGAGACGAGGAACGAGACAGGAGGGGCAUGGUGAAAAGCUCGACCUGGUCGGGGGUUUGCACGGUCAUCCUGGUGGCCUGCGUCCUGGUCUUCCUCCUGGGCAUCGUCCUCCACAACAUGUCCUGCAUCUCGAAGCGUUUCACUGUGAUCUCUUGCGGCUGAAAGGCGGCUGUGGCAGCAACACUCCUGUGGGCUAAUUUUCGGGGUUUGGGAAGGGUGGUUGUGGUGGUGGCAGGAAGCCACGAGUUGGAGCAUUAGGACCGUUCAAGGGGACUGUUCUGCAGCACUGCGUGAUCAACGCCAGACAAAGUCUAUAGGCUGCUGUAAAAAGUAGGACUGAGAGAUGCGUCGGCAGCACACCGGGGGGGUGGGGGUGGCACGUUCCGUGUGUCUCUGCCGGUAACUGUAUCGAGGAAGACUGCAUGCAUCACCAUAAUCACUUAACAAAUGAGCUGUAAUUUAUAAUGAUGUCAUCAUGUUAUGAGACUAAAGAUGUCUGUUAGCUGGUUCUGCCGUACAUACAAGUCUAGAACGUGAUCUCGCCAACUCCUCGCCCCCCCCCCUUAGCAGAGUAGUCGACCACAAAUCAAAAAUGCUGUACGUUCAAGUAGAAUUAAACGUCAGAAUUAAGGAAGUCAAAUCUACCCAGUACUU